GUGACCUCUUCCAGGCCUUACUGGAUAUCCUGGACUAUUAUGAGGAUUCCAUCUCAGAGAGUCAGCACCGAAGGAGUUAACACUGCCAAGGCACCCCCCCAUUCUGGCUCUUAGCUCCCUCCCUCCCUCCCCCUGCUUCCUCUCUCCUCCUCUCUCCCCUUCCCUCCUCGGCUCCAAGGCUCCCUCGGCCGCUGCCUUCUCCAACCCCCCUACCCCACUCCCCCGCCACGGCCCCUAGCCCCUGGCCGUUUGGCAAGACCCCUCCCUAUCCCGGGGCUCCCCGAAAUCCAGUUCCCCUCCCCCACCCCAGCUCAUGCCCCAGCCCCCGAACUCCGGGGCUGCCAGCCCCCGGUUCCCCUGCCCCUCCUGAGAAUCGGGGUGUGCUCCCCAAGCCCCUUCCCCUCCAUUGGGGAGCCCCUUUUCGGGCCCCCCUCUCCUCCCUCCCACGCUCCCCUUCCCUUCUCCAACCCCCUCCUUCCCCUCUCACCCCUCCCCCCAUCCUGGCCCCCCCUGCAAAAGUGGGGUGCGGAGGGGGGAGGGGUGAGAACCCACCGAGGGGAGGAAGGAAACUCCAAUGAAGUCAGAGCCCCUUACCCGCCGCCGCGGCCAGGCCCCCCAACAUGGACUGUCUCUGUAUAGUGACAACCAAGAAAUACCGCUACCAAGAUGAAGACACGCCCCCUCUGGAGCACAGCCCGGCCCACCUCCCCAACCAGGUAAACGCCCCCGAGCUGGUGCACGUGGCGGAGAGGAACUUGUCCCACCUCGAGGCUGUCCACGGGGUCGUGGGCCACGCCCACCUCUCCCCCCUCAAGGCCAAUUCUCCCCCUGUGAUUGUCAACACAGACACCCUAGAAGCCCCAGGAUAUGAGUUGCAGGUGAACGGGACCGAGGGGGAGAUGGAAUACGAGGAGAUCACAUUGGAAAGGGGCAACUCAGGUCUGGGCUUCAGCAUAGCAGGUGGCACUGACAACCCACAUAUUGGUGACGACCCAUCCAUUUUCAUCACCAAGAUCAUUCCUGGUGGGGCUGCAGCCCAGGAUGGCCGCCUCAGGGUCAAUGACAGCAUUCUGUUUGUAAAUGAAGUGGAUGUGCGGGAAGUGACCCACUCAGCGGCAGUGGAAGCCCUCAAAGAGGCAGGCUCCAUUGUGCGCCUCUACGUCAUGCGCCGGAAACCUCCAGCUGAGAAGGUCAUGGAGAUCAAACUCAUCAAGGGGCCUAAAGGUCUUGGCUUCAGCAUCGCAGGGGGCGUAGGGAACCAGCACAUCCCUGGUGAUAACAGCAUCUAUGUAACGAAGAUCAUCGAAGGGGGUGCCGCCCACAAGGAUGGGAGAUUGCAGAUUGGAGACAAGAUCCUGGCGGUCAACAGUGUGGGGCUGGAGGACGUCAUGCAUGAGGAUGCUGUGGCAGCCCUGAAGAACACGUAUGAUGUUGUCUACUUAAAAGUGGCCAAGCCCAGCAAUGCCUACCUGAGUGACAGCUAUGCUCCCCCAGACAUCACAACCUCUUAUUCCCAGCACCUGGACAACGAGAUCAGUCACAGCAGCUACCUGGGCACUGACUACCCCACAGCCAUGACCCCCACUUCCCCUCGCCGCUACUCCCCAGUGGCCAAGGACCUGCUUGGGGAGGAAGACAUUCCCCGAGAACCGAGGCGGAUUGUCAUCCACCGGGGCUCCACGGGCCUGGGCUUCAACAUUGUGGGGGGCGAGGAUGGUGAAGGCAUCUUCAUCUCCUUCAUCCUGGCCGGGGGCCCUGCGGACCUAAGUGGAGAGCUGCGAAAAGGGGACCAGAUCCUGUCGGUCAACGGGGUUGAUCUCCGCAAUGCCAGUCAUGAGCAGGCUGCCAUUGCCCUGAAGAAUGCGGGCCAGACAGUCACGAUCAUUGCUCAGUAUAAACCAGAAGAGUAUAGCCGAUUCGAGGCCAAGAUCCAUGACCUUCGGGAACAGCUCAUGAACAGCAGCCUGGGCUCAGGGACUGCCUCCCUGCGGAGCAACCCCAAACGGGGUUUCUACAUCAGGGCCCUGUUUGAUUAUGACAAGACCAAGGACUGCGGCUUCCUGAGCCAGGCCCUGAGCUUCCACUUUGGGGAUGUGCUUCACGUAAUUGACGCCAGUGAUGAAGAGUGGUGGCAGGCACGGCGGGUCCACUCUGACAGUGAGACCGAUGAUAUUGGCUUUAUUCCCAGCAAACGACGGGUUGAGCGACGGGAGUGGUCAAGGUUAAAAGCCAAGGACUGGGGCUCCAGCUCUGGAUCACAGGGUCGAGAAGACUCUGUUCUGAGCUACGAGACAGUGACACAGAUGGAAGUGCACUAUGCUCGCCCCAUCAUCAUCCUUGGCCCCACUAAGGACCGAGCCAAUGAUGAUCUCCUCUCUGAGUUCCCCGACAAGUUUGGAUCCUGUGUCCCUCAUACGACACGGCCUAAGCGGGAAUAUGAGAUAGAUGGCCGGGAUUACCAUUUUGUGUCGUCCCGGGAGAAAAUGGAGAAGGACAUUCAGGCACACAAGUUCAUUGAGGCUGGCCAGUACAACAGCCACCUCUACGGAACCAGCGUCCAGUCCGUGCGAGAGGUAGCCGAGCAGGGGAAGCACUGCAUCCUCGAUGUCUCCGCCAAUGCUGUGCGGCGGCUGCAGGCGGCCCACCUGCACCCCAUCGCCAUCUUCAUUCGUCCCCGCUCCCUGGAGAAUGUGCUAGAAAUUAACAAGCGUAUCACAGAGGAACAAGCCCGAAAAGCCUUUGACAGAGCCACCAAACUGGAGCAGGAGUUCACAGAGUGCUUCUCAGCCAUCGUGGAGGGCGACAGCUUUGAGGAGAUUUACCACAAGGUGAAGCGCGUCAUCGAGGACCUCUCAGGCCCCUACAUCUGGGUUCCAGCCCGAGAGAGACUCUGAUUCCUGCCCUGGCUUGGCCUGGACUUGCCCUGCCUCCAUCGCCCGGGCCCUUGGUCUGGACUGAAUUGCCCAAGUCAUCCCCGGUCUCCCUCCCACUCCUUCUUAUUUAUUUCCUUUCUAACUGGACCCAGCAUAUUGGAGGGGGGACGCUCCUCUGCAUGUAUCCCUGCACUCCAGAACUGGGCUCCUGAACCCCAGGAACCUAGGGUCUGGGUGGGGGAGCAGGGCUCCUGGCUUCAAGCCCUCGCUCCUUAGGACCUGCCCCCUGCCCUCCCCUGAUGCACACACAGACCCACUGGGGGCCGCUGCCUCCCCCAUCUUCUCCCAUACACAUUCCAGAAGUCGGGGUCCUCUCAAGGAACACCCUCUAUAGGGAUGCAGAGCCACAGGCCUCCGCACUCCCUGAGGCAGCGUCUGGGGUCAUCCCUGCCCCCCAUCAUAGCUCCCCAUGUCCCUUGAGUUCUCAUUUAUUUUCUCCAUUUUUUUUUUCUUCUCAAAGGUGGUUUUUGGAGGGAGAAGUAAGGGGGUCCUACUGUGGGUCCCCUGCCUUCCACACGACCCCCCACCCCCACCUUUUUUCUUUGCCGGUUUGCAUGAGUGGAAGGUCUAACUGUGGCUUUUUUUUUCCUGGGAUUUUUUUUCUUUUUUCUUUUUUUUGGGAAAGGGGAGGGAUGGGUCUAGGGACUGGGGAAAUGGGAGGGAGGUGGGAGGGCUGGGGUCAGGGGUCGGGUGUCUGGGAGCCAGGGGAAGACUGGAAAUGCUGCCGCCUUCUGCAAUUUAUUUAUUUUUUCUUUUGAGAGAGUGAAAGGAAGAGACAGAUACUUGAAA